AUGUUGUCAAGGACACUAUUUCGCACGAAUUUGACUCACCUUACCGCAUCCCGUGCAAUUUUUCCGACAGCUGUUCGGAGUCUUUCCACGACUCCGGCUUUUCAGACCAAAUUCAUUGACCCUCUACCAAAAGAUUUCGUCCCAUCACCAACGGAACAAGUUCCUGAUGUACAAACAUUUUUAACCAAAAUUGGCCGUAACUGUUCUGAAUAUGCAGACAAGUUCGAGUCUUGGGAGCAUUUCAUGUCAGUGACAACUCACGAAUUAAAAGAAAAGGGUGUCGAUAGCCGGCCCAGAAGAUACAUUCUUGCAUGGAGAGAAAAGUUCAAGCGUGGAGAAGAGCUCACAGAGAUUAAGAGAGGCAAAAAGAGAUGGGGUGGUGAACGCAAAAGAGACGAAGUACGUGCUAAGCACUUUGGUCGUCUGAAGGCAGAAGCUCGUGAGUCUGCUGCUCGCAAGUAA